AAACAAACUACGACCAAAAAGCAAAAUGCCGCCGAAGCCGAUAGCGUUAUCAGCCAGUGCUCAGAGGCGUUUGGUUUGUCAUGUCAUUGUCAUCUAGAUUAACAGAAACCAGAACCAAAAGAAGGAAGCAUUGUUCCACUUUUUCUACCGAACACCGAACUCACCCUACUAAAGGCCAUUACCAAAGCCAGCAGAAGCCAGAAACAGAAACCAGAACCAGCAGAGCCCAAUCCAAAUCCACUAUCCAGUGUUGUCAAAGUUUUAUCGAGUAAACUACCUACGUAAGAAAUCAGAUACGGAUACACUUUUUCCUUUUAAAUAAAUAUAAAUCAAUUGUAAUUGAUUAUUUUCUUGUAACCAUAAGGGGGUUGUUAUUAAUCUGGAACAGUAAAAUAAAAACGAAAACAAAACGCUUACAUCUGCUUAAAUAAAUAAGUUGCAUAUGGUUUGACCACCCACGCAUUUUGCAAAACCUUCAUAUAAAUUAUCAUCUCAUUGGACAAAGUUAUAUCAUGUCACAAACGGAAGUUGCACCAGUCAAUCCAGAUGACCUACAGGAUUUGAAGAAUCGAAUGAAACUAAUUGCAGAUGCUGAUCCUAAACAGUACCAUAAUGAAUUCUCUUUGAUUCGUUAUCUACGAGCUUUUAAAACGGCCGAUGCUGCAUUUCAGGCAAUUUUAAAAACAAACAAAUGGCGUGAAGAAUACGGUGUUGAAGCUCUCGCCCAAAGCGAAGAUCUCAAAAAGCACAGCAACAAAGCUCGGGUUUUAAGACAUCGCGAUUGUACUGGUCGUCCAGUUGUAUAUAUUCCAGCGAAAAAUCACAACUCAUCCGAUCGUGACAUCGAUGAACUCACCAAAUUCAUUGUCUACUGUCUGGAGGAAGGAUGUAAAAAAUGCUUCGAAGAAGUCACCGACAGUUUGUGUAUAGUCUUCGAUUUGGCCGAAUUCAGUACAUCUUGUAUGGAUUAUCAAUUAAUUAAGAAUCUUAUCUGGUUGCUGAGUAAACAUUAUCCAGAGCGAUUGGGUGUUUGUUUGAUCAUCAAUUCACCGGGACUCUUCUCAACAAUAUGGCCAGUGAUUCGGAAUUGGUUAGACGAGAACACUGCGAAGAAAGUUAUUUUCGUUGAUAAUGAGUUAGAUUUGUGCAAGUAUCUUAUACCGGAUAUUUUGCCAACAGAUAUGUAAAAAUAUGUCAUCAUAUUAAUGUGUUUUUGUUUUAUAUAUUGGUUUUUGUUUAUUUUAUAUUUGCAAACCGAAAUAACCCACUCAACAUCAACAUAAUGAUGUAAAUAAUAGAGACCUACAUUAAUGUACCUUAUUCAUAGAGCUGGAACUAAUAUAUAAAUAUAUAUUUUAGGUUAUUGCACAGUUUACAAAAAAACCUCAAUUGGAUAAUCUAUACAAAAACAAAAAAAAAAACAAGCAGUAAGAUUUAAAUGUAAACACUGCGUUUUUGUUAUGUUUAAUAUGUUUUAUUGAUGUCACUAGUUUAACUUAUGUAUAGUAAAUAUAUAUAUAUAUAAAUAUCAUUAACAAAAUUUGCAGUCAAAUUAUUUUCUAUAAUAGAAUAUACAAAUACUACAUACAUUCAAAAAUUGUAUUAUAUACUAAACUAAUAAUAAUUUAAUAUAUUGAUUGUGAAAACAACAUUCACACUUAUUACGAAAUUCGUAAAUACUAAAAUAAUAAUAACUGUCAUUUAUGUGGCGCUUUUGUUUUUGAAAUUUUUAAAAAAAUAACAACAACGAAAAAAAAAUAUGAAUAUUUUAUUAUUACGAAUUUCGUAUUAAUGGUGAAAAAUAAUGAAUUGUUGCAUUUGAGUUUUGUUAAAAAACGCUAGCUAAAAGCAUAUUAUUGAAAAAGAAAAUGAAAAAUAAUAAACAUAAAGUAGACGAUGUGUGUGUGAGUUAUUUAUGAAAAUUUGUAGUGUAUAUAUAAAAAGAAAAACUAAUAAAAUUUAGUUUAACUGAAA